AUUAUCAACCAUUAGUAAUAAUACUAAUGCAGAAAAAAUCUAUGUUUUCUUUGUUAUGCAAAUAAAAGAGGUUGCACUUGGUGCCUAAGCAGAUUUUUGCCAAUUUUUGCAUUCAGAGAAGAGAGAAAUGAAGAACAUUGUUUCUACUACGUACAAUAUGCCAUUAGAAAAAAUGACAAAUUCGGUGUGGAUGAUGAUAAAGGAAGAGUACGAUCACAAUGAGAGAGCAGCGUCAUCUUUACUUUAUAAACUAGGUGUAGCUUUAGCUAUCUCAGCUGUUGGAUUCCUUUAUAUUCAUGCCAUGAGAAAAACACGUCCGAACCGAUAUAGUUCCUCGCGCACGCCUUUUCCAGAUGAAAGUUAUAAGAUUGGAAUAAACCAGGGUACGUCGCCGUCCUUGUUGAAACCUGCUGCGGAUUCUACAGAAAUCUCUCAAAAUGCCAAUGACUUGCUUGAAGAGUUUGUUUUGCUCAAGGACUUUAACCCCAACACUGGUGUAUCUCCAAGGAAAGAAUUUGAGGAGCCAGGAAGCGAAACAAAAGCCGGUUCUGAGAAUGACAUUUUAGAGCUCACUAACAUGCUAAAGGAUCUUCGAGAAAAAGAGAAGCAUAUUGAGAUCCAAUUGCUUGAGCAUUAUGGACUCAAAGGAAAAGAAAAUGCAGUUAUGGAGAUUCAUAAUCAAUUGAAACUUAAUAGUGUAGAAAGUAAAGUAUUUGGUCUCAAGAUUGAGUCAUUGUUGGCUGAUAAACGACGACUCGAAGAGCAAGUUGCGGACCGUCUAAAAGUUGUGGCCGAGCUUGAAUCUGCAAAAGCAACCAUAAAACUCUUAAACUGGAAGAUCAAGUCUGAUGCCGAACAUAAACAAGAAGAGAUAUUAUCUUCACAUGGUUUCGACAACAAAUUAAACGAAUUACCGAAAGAUAAUUCAACGUAUGAAAAUUAUGAUAUGUUGAAAAAAUUGGAGACAAAACAACCCAAGGGUUAUGUCACUUUGAGUGCUUCAGAGGCAGAGGCAUUGCGAAUAACUAAUAGCCGUUUGAGAAAAGAAAAUGGCGAACUAGUGAAGGAAAUAGAUCACCUGCAGAAGAAACAAAGUGAAGAUGCUAAAGAACAUGUGUAUUAUAAGUGGGUAAAUGCUUGUUUACGGUAUGAACUUCGAAACCACCAAGCACCACGAGGUAAAUUUCUGGCAAGGGACUUGAGUAAGACAUUAAGCCCGAGAUCGGAAGGGAAAGCCAAGCAACUGAUACUGGAGUAUGCGAAUUCGGAAAUGGCAACUGGUCAGAGUAUGACAUCAAUGGACUUUCAGUCGGAAUCCAAUAUACCGGAAUUAGGACAGAUAGAUGAGUUUUCUUCAUUUGACAACAAUUACUCUGCAGCUCAGAUGAAGAAAUCGCGAAGAGCUAAACUGUUCAGGAAAAUCAAGAAUAUAGUGCUGUACAAGGGGAGUGAUCAUACCGAUGGAACUUCAUCACUAGGAAGUACUACAACAAGCAGUCUACCACCAGGGAGGAGGAGGUCGAUCUUCUCAGGGGACCGCGGAAGCAAUUGCUCGCCGAUGUCUGGUGCUCAUGCACCUAAUAUACCUAGACCAACAUUACCUAGCAGACUCACAGGACCAGGGAGACGAAGCUAUAAAGAGCGAUAAACUUGUUUUAACUCCUGAAGUUCAAGCAAGUUGAGCAAGCUAUACAUAGCAUCAGAGCUACACCAUUGCAGACAAUUUUGAGUGAUCUUAGUUAGUUUUACAUGUUCAUGUCGACUUACUGUUGCCUACAUAGGCUGCUUACAAUCUGUAUCAAGGAGGAUGUAAGAUAAAGAUUUCCUACAAUUGACCAUGUUUAUCACCAGAUCCUAAAUAAACAUCAUCUCCAGAAGGCUGAAAAGAGUUAUCCAGAGAAUCAAACAGAAGGGGCGACAGUGAUAUUUUUAGCUCAUUGAUUCAUUGUAACUGUAGAAGUAGCUAAUACCUGUGCUAUGGAACAUAAUUUUGUAUCGUCAAAAA